AUGGAUGAUGGGGCCGAGCCCUCGCGGGCGAGACGGAUAAGCAGUGGAGCUGCGAUUCCAGCGGAACCCGUCGCGACGGAGGCUGCUAUAGAUGCAGAAGGAGACGUUGAAGCUGCGGCUCGGGUGCAGCGUUCCAAGGAACGACGGAUGGACGCAAAGAAGAAGAGAGUUAUGUUCCUGGAUAAUCUGUUGAGGGAACUGGACUCGCUUGUAUUCGUGGAGUUGAUCACCAUAUACUACCUUGACUGCUCCUUCUUCUGGUUUGCCAUAAGAGCGUUAGUGCAUCUCAGUAUGCUCACGCCCCUCCCCGACCUCCAGCUCGGUAGACAACCGGAAGAGCACAAAGCGUUUCUGCCCGUAAUACUGCUGGUCUUCACCGGAAACUUCCUUCUCCAUUUGCUGUUCAGUGCGCCGUCUGCUGGUGAAGAGUCAAGAGGCUAUCUGCAUGGGGGACUCAUGAUCGAUUUCAUUGGACAACAAGGCCCAACGAGCAAAUGGAAGCUUGCCGCGUUGGAUGUCUGCAUUCUCAUCUUGCAACUCGUCAUGGCCUCGGUAACCGUGAAGAAACGGGAGCUGAAGAAGAAAAUGGGGAAUACGUCUGUGGGAUCGGGGAUGGGUAGCUCCAUACGUAACGAAACGGAAAAUGCGGAGGGUCAAGUCAAUGAGAACCGGCCAGGAACACAUCGUGAGCAAGAUGCGGACGCCGAAGAACGAGGCAUUCUACGUCGCACUGAUACUCUCUCCGACAUCGAUAACGAUCAACCGGAGGAAGAAGAGACGUUGCUAUCGACGGCAUGCACGAGCCAUCCCGCCGACGCUUUAGAUACCCUUUAUUCCGGUCAUUGCUUGAUUGGAGAAUUCUCCAUUAUCGACACAAUGCUCCAGGAGCAUGCCGACUACCAGGUAUACCGCCAAACCCGUUCCGAGACGGCUAGCAGUGCACGUCUUUCUCCUAAUGCCCUCCGCCAGUUGCAUAAUAUCCGUGCGACCUUUGGAGUUGGUGGUGGCUGA